UUGGUUUUGUUCCUGCAAGAACGAGGGAGAUCAGAGCUGCCAUGGAAAAGACUUACUCUCUGACUGCGCACUACGACGACUUCCAGGAGGUGAAGUACGGCAGCAGGUACAGCAGCGGGACCCUGAGCAACGGGCUGAGCCUGCACCUGGGGGGCGGGGUCGACAGGGGCGGGCGGGGCCGGGGAGGGGCUGCACGCGGCAAGGAGCAGGGCGGGGGCCUGCCGCGGUGGAGCCGGAGGGAGGUGUGCCUGCUGUCGGGCCUGGUGUUCACCGCGGGGAUGUGUGUGAUCCUGGGCAGCAUGCUGGUGCUCAAGUACCUGUCCCUGGAGCAGGAGGGCCACUGCCAAGAGGACUGCCAGCGCAAGAAGGCCCUGCUCAAGGCCUCCCGCUUCAUCUCCGGCAACAUCGACCCCACCAUCGACCCCUGCGCGGACUUCUACUCCUUCGCCUGCGGGGGCUGGCUGCGUCGCCACGGGAUACCGGAGGACAAGCUGAGCUACGGCAUCAUCACCGCCAUCGGCGAGCACAACGAGGAGAAGCUGCGGCGCCUCCUGCUGCAGCCCGUGCGCCGGCGCGGCCUGGACUCCGCCGAGCGCAAGGUGAAGGAGUUCUACCGCUCCUGCAUGGACCUGCAGGAGAUCGACCGGCUGGGAUCGGGGCCCAUGACCGAGGUCAUCGAGAGCUGCGGGGGAUGGGACCUGGCGGGAGCGCCCCCUGGGGGUGCCGGCUGGGAGAGCAGCGGGGGCCCCCAGCGCCCGGACUUCAACGAGCUGCUGUACAGGACCCAGGGCGAGUACAGCACUGCGGUCUUCUUCUCUCUCACUGUCAAUGUGGACGACAAGAACUCCUCCCGCAACGCCAUCAGGAUCGACCAGGAGGGUCUAACGUUACCUGAGAGAACUCUCUACCUGGGACAGGAUGAAGACAGUGUGAAGAUCCUGGCAGCAUACAAGGCCCUAAUGGAGAGGCUGCUGAGCAUGCUGGGAGCGCACAAUGCCACUCAGAAAUCCCGUGAGAUUCUGGAGCUGGAGACUCGCCUGGCCAAUAUAACUGCGUCAGAGUUCGAUGAACAGAGGAAAGACAUCAGCACCAUGUACAACCGCAUCACCCUCGGCCAGCUGCAGAGCAUCGCUCCCAGUCUCCACUGGAAGCGCCUGCUGGACCGAAUCUUCCACGAUAACUUUUCGGAGGAUGAGGAGAUCGUGGUGCUGGCCACAGACUACAUGCAGAAGGUCUCUGACAUCAUCAAAACCACCUCCAAAAGGGUCCUUCACAACUACAUGCUGUGGCGGAUCGUGGCGGCGCUGAGUGAGCACCUGUCCACCGCCUUCCGCAGCACCAUCCACGAGUUUUCGCGGGAGAUCGAUGGGACCGAGCGGCAGCUGGAGCUGGGCCGGCUCUGCCUCACUCAGGCCAACAAGCACUUCGGCAUGGCCCUGGGGGCACUGUUCGUGCAGGAGCACUUCUCUUCCCACAGCAAAGCCAAGGUACAGGAGCUGGUAGAGGACAUAAAGCAUGCCCUGGACCAGCGGCUGCAGGAGCUGGACUGGAUGGAUGUGGAGACCAAGGAGGCUGCAAGAGCCAAGCUCCAGUACAUGAUGGUCAUGACAGGGUAUCCAGACUUCCUGCUGAAGCCAGAACUAAUUGACCAGGAAUAUGCAUUUGAUGUGAAUGAGAAAACGUAUUUCAAAAACAUCCUCAACAGCAUCAAGUUCAACAUCAAGCUUUCAGUGAAGAAGAUCCACAAGGAGGUGGACAAGACAGCGUGGCUGCUACCCCCUCAGGCUCUAAAUGCCUAUUAUCUACCCAAUAAGAACCAAAUGGUUUUCCCAGCUGGGAUUCUGCAGCCUACAUUGUAUGACCCUGAGUUUCCACAGUCUCUGAACUAUGGUGGCAUAGGAGCCAUUAUUGGACACGAGCUGACGCAUGGAUACGACGACUGGGGGGGACAGUAUGAUCGUCAUGGCAACUUGAAGCAGUGGUGGACAGAGGAGUCGUACAGAAAGUUUCAGAAAAAAGCUGAGUGCAUCAUCAAACUUUACGACAACUUCACUGUCUACAACCAGAGGGUGAAUGGGCGUCUGACUCUGGGGGAGAACAUUGCAGACAUGGGCGGCCUGAAGCUGUCCUAUUAUGCGUAUCAGAAAUGGGUCAGAGACCACGGUCCAGAGCGGCCUCUCCCUGGACUCAAAUACACACAUGAGCAGCUGCUCUUCAUCGCCUUUGCACAGAACUGGUGUAUGAAGAGGCGGUCCCAGUCCAUCUAUCUGCAGCUUCUGACAGACAAGCACGCUCCUGAGCACUACAGGGUUAUCGGCAGCGUGUCGCAGUUUGAUGAGUUUGGUCGUGUGUUUCACUGCCCGAGAGGUUCUCCCAUGCACCCUGUCAACAAGUGUUCAGUGUGGUGACCUCUGACCCCUGAAGCUCAGCCCAGGACCCACACCGUCCCAUUCCCUUCUUCAUGAGAACAUUCCAUUUCUUUCUGUAAUAUGCCUUAACUGGGAAUUGUUUCUUGCUUAAUCUGUUUGAUAUUGUGUUUAACCAGAACUGUGAAGGCAGAACUCCUUCUAUGUUGUUACAAACAACACAGACCAGAGCGGCAAAGAAACAGGACAGGACCUCUCCUAUAACAGAGCAGUCACACCCUCAGUCACUCUGCGACAAACCCAUAAUCUGCUCUGACUUUCAGCAUUAC